UGGGACAUUCGCGCAAUGCACGCAUGAUACUACGCCUGUCGCGCUGACGUCAGCCAUGGCUUCAACGCAAAGAUGGAUGCCGCUCACUCCUUGCAUGGGCAUUUAAAUUUCCCAUGACUAUUGAACAAAUGUAGAGAAUAGCAAUGGGGGUGGUAUGGAGCCGUAUGAAACGAAGAGUGGAUGUUAACAAUAACGAUAACGACCACGAGCAAGUUUCCACACCCGGAUCGGAAAACCAUAUUGAAAAUGAAGAUGCUGACGGCGCCGACGUUGCAACAGAAGGAGCCAGUCAUACUGCCGCAACUCUUCUCACUCUGAGUAGAAAAAAACCAGCUGUGUGUCUUAGUCGAUCUAAAAUGAAAGAAUACCCGUUCUGGAACAGUCCGUUUUUAGAAGAUUACAGAGUCAAGAACAAAACCAUGCAGAUUAUUCUUUACGGGUUCCCAAACAGAAACAUCGAAGAACUUUUCUCCGCCCGUGACGUUAAAUUUCCUUCGUAUUUUCUGAACUUGAUCAACCGACCGUUGAGAGUCACGCUGACAUCUUUCGGGCCCGAGUUUGAAGUAGAAGACAAUCCCGAGGCCGCAAUUCUACGAAAACACGUCCGUUAUUUAAAUCUCUAUUUCGAGCGCCAUCCACCCAUGAACGGAGAGUUGAAAGUGAUAGUCGAAGAGGUCUGGAGAAGCAAUGUUAUUUCGAGGAGAAAAAGAAGCAGAGAGAUGUUUACUUUGAUUCUGCGUGUAGGUAUAAACCGUCAGGAACUCUGGUUAACUGGCUUGGACUUCACCCUGAUUCUCCGCAAUAAUCACCCCGACUUUCCUCUGAUGAGCACUUCUCCGGGAGGGUCCAUCUGCUCGGGGACGUACUUCAGGGUGCUGGACACUGGUGCCCCUGCAGGGGACAUUUCCUGGAAUGUGGAUGCACAACCUAAACGAGCAGAGGAGGGGGAAAGGUGGGCCUUCAACGUACGAUAAAGAACAGACUGUACGCGCAAA